AUGGAAAAUAUGAUGGAAGUUGACAGUAACGAUGCUGUAAAAACAAAUUCUCAAUGCACAACAAAUUAUCAAGUAGCACAAUCGAAAGAAGAAACAAUCUAUGCGACUUCUACUAAUAAUGCUGAUGUAAUAAAAGAACGUCAAGAACACGAAAUGGUGUGGAAGGAUUUGGAAGACUUUGAACAACAUGAAGAACAGCAUAGACAUAGUAAAGAAAAAUGGGAACAAGAUAGCUUAAAAUACUUUGAAGCUGUUGAUCUAUCUGACCAGACUGCUACCCAACAGCGAAGACAAAUUACUGGUGUGAAACAAACGAAUCAUGCAGUUCAAUAUAAAAAACCAGAUCCCUUACUUAAAUACUUACAGAAUUUGAAACCAUCUCAACAAAAUCAAUUUAAAGAACAACGCCAGCUUCUAGCAUCUUUCGAACGUUUACAAGUUUAUGAACAUCAUGAAAAGUCAGAUUUAGACAAAUUCUAA